GUCGCACGACGUCCGACGCGCGAUAGUUGCAGAUAGGGCGUCGCGACGUCCGCAUCGACAUUCACGCCCCGACUUUUUUUUCAUUUUUGAGUUGACCACUUUUCUUUUCUCCACUUCGCGAGUCUUUGCACAUCGCACACGCCCCGAGAGAGCGACGCUAGUAAACGGCUAGGGUCGCGGCGCAGAUCGUUUCUCGCAGCACGGGCACCAGGACGACGUCGGUUAGUUCGCCGUUCGGUUGGAAAGUUUUCGGCGGCGCGUUUUGAGUGAUUAAACUUGUGCACAAUGGCGGAAGCACCUUGGAGUUCGUUGAUUUGUUGCAGAGCUCAAGGACCACCACCACCGCCGCCGAUUUUGUCCGGAAAUAUUCCGGCAGCAAGACUAAAAAGUGAAAUCGGUGAACGAAGAAACGAACCACCAGCGUGCGUGCAAAAUGCAAUGAUGACUAAAGACAAGAAACCCUUCACGUACACGCCGGGCGGUAUUGACCUAUCCGAAAUCAAGUCGCCGCGAAUGGCACGACGAAUCGAACGCAACGCAGCCGCCCCCGGCGUUGGUGAACUACCGCAACAGCCGCAAUAUCCGCAAGGCAAUCGACAGUUGCCGCCCUCUGCGCUCGCCGCCAUGCAACCUCAACUGCAAGUACAGGUCUUCCCAUCUGGGGCGCCUCCGCCUCCACCACCCCCACCAGCUAAUGCGCCACCUCCACCACCGCCGAUGCAACCUUUGCCAAUGAAACCUGUGGCUAAUAAUGACGGAAUAUUUGAACGCCCUGAUAUGACUCGGAUCAUCCCCGAAAAUCCAAUGGCGAUGUUACGUAAAACCCCCAAAGUGGAACGCAGGACUUUCUUGGAUGAACUUGCUGAAAUGGAGCACAAAAACAAUAUGCAGCAGAAUCAUCAGCCGCAACAAUAUACUCCACCAGUGAAUAAUGUGCCUCCACCCAGAAGUCCACAACCUCAGUACAAUCAACAACCGCAGUACUCUCCGCAACCUCAGUACUCUCCGCAACCUCAGUACUCCCCUCAACCACAAUCACCUCAACAGCACUAUUCUCCACUACCACAGCAGCAGCAACAAUCGCCGCAGUACAAUAGACAACCCUCUUAUACAACACAACCCCAGCCGUACUCCCCGCAACCCCAGUACUACCCGCAAGCAAAUUCGCAUCCAAUAGCACAGAUGGUUCACCAACCAUCCGUGGAAAACAACGGUCCUCCAUCGCCACCAACCAAAACGAGCAAUGUCAGCAUUGGUUCCUUGUACAUACCUCCAAUCAAUCAACAGCAACAAGUUCCACAGCAGAUGCAAUACCAACAGCAAUCGCCCAAACCUCAAUCUCCACCGACUCCUCCUCAACGUCAACCGCAAUCACCUCAGACCCCACAGUCACCGAUAGCUAAGCUCAAUGCGGGUCCCAAACCAUGGCAGAAUCAGCAACGUAGAGAACCGGAACUACCUGAAUGGGCACAACGUCCUCAACAGUCUCCACCCAAGGAAGAAAUUGUGCAACCAGCGCGAGUGGCUGUUCAACCACCAAGAGUAACACCAGUGCAAAUGCAACCUCCGCCGUCACGCCCUGGCGUUGAGGUUGUAUACGUAACUCAACCGGAGGUUUAUCAACAUCCUGGUCCUAUGGGAGGACAACGUUGGGUUCCACCACAGGUCCAGCCACAUAUGCAGCACCCGCAACAACAUCAGCAGAUGCAGAUGCAGAUGCAACGUCAGCAACAACACAUGCAACAGGAAAUGAAAGGCACCAGGAUUAUCCCUAUCCAAAUUGAAGGGCAAAAUUCUGGUCCAAAUACACCAGCUACUCCAGAUAGGAAUCUAAAUAGGCAGCAAAGCUGGACUCCCACACAAUCGACCUCGUUUAAGGUCAUACAAAAAAUGACGAACACCGAGAACCCUAACGAGGAAGUCGACCAGCAACAGGUCGAAUAUGGUCCGCGGACAGCGCAGCAGUUCCCAGCGGACCAGAUGCGUAAAAUGAAUCAAAACGACAGCGAUCGGGAGUUUAUGAACCGCGUGAAGCAAGACUACAUUAACAAACGCGAUGAGGAAAACCCGAGGUAUCGCGGAGGACACAUCCCCUCGAGGGUUUUUCGAUACAUUGAUCAAAGUGGCGUUGAUCAAGAGACGUACCUGCAUAAUGAACCCGAUCCGCGCUACCGUGGUGCGGCGAUUCCGUCCAAAGCUUUCAGAAUGCUUCAACACUUGACAGACACACCGGAUCACCCGAUACACGGCACACCAAUUGUGCCGCAAGGUCCGAAUCAACCGAGGGCCAGCAACGUUCGUACGAUACCCAUACAACUUGAAGGUGAACCUCAACUACCGUAUGUCCACCCCAGCCAGCAAACUGUUGAAGAACCCAGGAAGUACAUGGGCAGUGCCAUCCCUUCGAAGGCCUUCCAAAUGUUGCAGGCAAUGACGAGUUCGCCCGUUUAUGCGAACCAAAUUACUGAUUUUUCCCAAAGAAACAAAAUUAUGAUUCAGUUUAUUACUUCAGUUUGUAAAUUUGUUGUAGCGGUCGGCCACAUUGACAAGCAAUCUAGCGAAAUUUCCGAUAAAAACGUUACCGAAAUUAACGAAACAUCUCCUUCGACCCAACCCAGCCAACCACCCCAAACACCAGUUAACCAAACUGCCCCCAGUCCUUAUCCCAUGUACGGGCCCAAUUACUACGACCCUUAUUGGUAUGAUUAUUACUCGUAUUACUAUCCGAACUAUCCGCAAAAUGACGCGCAGACAAACGGCGAGAGUGGCAAUCAAAACUGGGGAUAUAAUUAUCAUUCUGGUGCCCCAACACCCACACAGGAGUUAGAGAAUGAAGCGCCAAUGUGUAGCAGUUGUCGGAAUACGCCAGUACCCUUUUGGAAUUACUACCCUAAUUACUACAACCAGGGAUACGAAAGUGAUACCGGCAAAUCUGAAACAAGCAGUUACAGAAAUACUCCAGCUAAUUUUGACUAUCAGUACUAUUGGGAUCCAUAUUACUAUUCGUAUUAUCCACCUCCACCACCUCCGGGGUAUGCAUAUCCCUAUCCGUAUUCAACAGAUGGAUAUGAUGGAUAUUGCUCCAUGGAUGAAAUGAACCAAAUUGAACAACAAGGAAAUACUAAUUCUAAUGCACAAAAUAAGGAACCUGUUCAAAACAUUGAGGCUAAUGAAAGUACUACUACAACUCCUAUAAUAGAAACUAAACCCACUCCAGUUGAAACUACGCCCAUUGAAGAAUUUUGUGAUGACAGAUCGGAAACAACUAUUAUUGAUGACCGUGAUCAUGAUAUGGAUGCCGAUAGUGAAUCGUCAAGUGAUGAGGAGGAUGGGGAGGUGGAGGAAAUUUACAAAAAGAGCACUUCUAAUGUUCCGUUGAUGCAUCAAUUGGAACAAGCGCCACAAAUCCCAUUACCAAGCAAGACUCCCAUUCACAUGUCAGAUGCGGACGUAGACACUGAUACUGAAGUUGAGGAAGAAGAAGAAGAAGAAGAAGAAGAGGGAGAAAUUGAGGAAGUAGAGGAGGAAGAAGACGAAGAAGAAGAAGUCUCUGUUGAUAAUAAUGAAGGUGAUCAAGGAGAUGUUGAAAGCAAUUCAGAAGAUGAAGAAGAACAAGAAUCAAUUGCUUCAGUCUAUAUUGAUGAGGAUCAAAUGCCCCACGUCUUGAGCGUGAUUUAUGAAGAAAGCGAAAGGAGCUUCUCUUCUCGCAUGGACAGAGAAUCCAGUGUGGUAAGUCAAAGUACAAUCGUUGCUGAUGAAGAUGAAGAUGAAAUUGUGGACGAUGACGAAUUAUAUGAAAAGGAAGUAAUUGCCAAACUGCCUUUGAUGUUAACUGAGACUAAUGGAAGAGUGGAAAUGGUGGUAGGAGAUUUAAACGUAGAGGAAACCGUUCUAGUUUACGAUACUGAUGUUGAUCAGAGAGUAGAAGAGGCCGAGGAGUAUAGAUUAAACUAUGAGAGUGAUGCAACUGUGAUUGAAAAUGAAAUGGUGGCUGUAGAACCUGAAACUAAUUUAGUCCCAGAAAACGGAACGGAUCAUCAACUGAUCCGAUCAAGAUCUAACUCAUCCCACGUUGAAAGUGAGAUUGAAAUUCACAUGGAUGAUGAUAAAGAUAGUGUAAAAAGCGCAGACAGUGAGAUAAAACCAGAUAUCACCAGUUUAACGCAUUUACCAGACGUAGAAAUCGAAAAGAACCAGGAACCAGAAGGUGACGAGGUGGAUUUUUGGAGUCAAAUCAAUACCGAAGAAGAUAUCUUACCAAAGAGGCAAGUAUUCGUCAACAAAUACCGUGAUUCUAUGUAUUCUGUUGAUGAGGAUGAGGAUGGUCAAGAGACCAAAGUCUGUGAGCAGGAAGUCGACACCAGAACAACAUUGGAAAAAGACGAAAACUCAUCUAGGGCCUUGAUUGAAAGUACAAAAAACACUAAUUCUAUUACUACCUGGUUAGAGAAUAAUUGUAUUACUAAUCAUAUUGUAAACAAACACGAAGAAGAAAUUGUGGCAGUUUGCGAGGAGGAAAGUGAUGAAGAAAUUAGAGCUUCAACUGAAAAAGUGAAGAAUACUAUGGAACAUACAAUAGUAGCUCAAAAAGCUGAUAAUGUUGAGGUGAUUGUAGAUGUGGUCAGUGACACCCUGCAGAAGGAAACUACCACUGUCGGUAUUACAAUGAACGAUGAACAAAUUGAAAAAGUACAAGUAGAUGAGUGCAAUAUUUCAAAUGUUAUUUUUACCAAAGAAGAAAUUCGUGAAACUUUACAAGCUCCUAUGUUUGAUCUUGGUUUAGAUGAGUGCUUUAAAAAUAUACAGAAUCAUUUAAAACUUACUUUAGAUAAUCUUAAAUUUAACAAUAUUAAAGAAACCAAAGAAGAAGACAUGAUACAUAUUGCAGUUCAAGAAGAACAGGUUGAAGAAUCAGAGGAAACUCCGGAGGAGUUACAACUUGAGAAAGUUGCAGAUUCCGAAGAAAUCGUUUGUAUUUCUGUGGUGCAAGAUGAAAAGCUUGAAAUACAGAAAGAAGAAGCUGACAAAUGCUCUGCUAUUUCUAGAAGCAGAAGUUUAAGCAGAAGCAAGUCAAAGGAUGCUUCCCCAAUGCAAACAGACAUCAACGAUGAAUGUGACGAUGCUGAAGUGAGUGAUCUGAACAACAACACACAGGACUUUUACGUUCCCACAAUCAAGGAACGAAUCAGAGCGCUGCAAAACGCAAGUAGAAACUCGACUCCAAUCAAAAGCAAACCAUCAAUUGAACUGCCAACUUUGGAGGUGCAAGACAAAGACUAUCUCACACCUGAUUUAAUUGUUCCAAAAUCUCCGAAAACGUCGACUAAGUCAAGUAUUAAAUCGGUAGAAGACAACAGUGAAGAUGAGAUUGAUUCUGGUGUAACUUCAGACAUGAGCCGACAUAUUUCAGACACAGAAAGCGAGAGUAUUCAGGAUAUUCGUAAAAUCAUUAAAUAUCAGCGAGCUGCUACACAUUCGCGCCUUUUUAAACUCCUGCAGGAUGAGUGCGAUGAAGAAGAAGAACAGGAACUGCUUCAAAAGAAACGUGAUUCUCUCACGCGUAAAGAAAGCCUGUCACUGCCAUUGAGGAAUGUAGUAAAUCCAAAUAUGGGUUUUACUGCAGGUGAUGAGAGUGGAUUUAACUCUCCUGCUUCACCUAUAACUGAUAAACAAGUCAAUGAAUUGGUCACGAAUCUUCUAAAGAAUAAAAAUGUUGAAUUGAAGAAUGUGCCAAUGGAGAUGUUGCAAGCGGCUGCUUUCAAAAUCCUACAGGAAGACCGCGACUGCAAAGAUUUAAGUUCCUCAGACGAAUUUAACACAUUUCUCUCGCCACUUUUGCUGGACGGUAGCGCGACUGCGGCGCAAACCCCGCAAGAGUUCUAUACAAACAAUGAAUACGCUCAGUAUUACGAGACCUGGGAGAGCGCCCAGCAGACGGACAUACCAGCAUCUAAAUCAUUCAAACUACUACAAGAUGCAAACUCGCAAAAGAUUCCGAAUUUCACUGCCAGGUGCCCGGUGGUCGCCGACAAGCGUAAAGAAAACAGACGCCUGUCGAGCGCCACCCCAACGCCGACAUUCGUCUCAAAUUCCUGCACACCCGUACCCGAUCCCUCGCUCGAAACGCAAGAGGUCGCAUCGGCCUCUUGAUCCCUUGCCCGCUCACACGAGGAGGUGGAAAUUUACGCGCGAAAUUUCCACGUACCGAUUUUAUAAGACUGUUGUCCCAAGAAGCCGAACGCGGCUUACCUUACGAGGUACUUGAAAUUAAUGUUUUUUUAUUAAUCUACUUUUUGAUUUAAUUUACUUCGUUUUCUCUAGAAUUGGUUUUCGGUGUUUUAUUAUUUAUUUUUGUAGCAUCUGUUUUUUUCUUUUUCUUUUGGUAGGCUUAAAAAGUGCAAACAGCAGCAGUACGCUGCGAAACAAAUCGACAGACUUAAUAAGAAAUAAAACGAUGACACACAAUUCGCAUCAUUUCAUCUGUUAACUGAAACUCUCAGGAGUAAACUCCACCUUAAUUGUUGUUGUUCACGAUUGGUUGAGUGAAUCGGAAACGCACAUGCAUUUGAUAUCUAUGUGACAACCUUUGACCAGUACUUGAAAUUAACAGCUUUUUGCCAAACCGCCCGUGUUUGAUGCUUCCAAAAUCUCCCACUCCGCGCCUCCACCAUAUCCAAUUGAUGAUCGCCGAAACCUCAAAUCUCUCCGCCGUGAAAUCUCAAAUGGGAACUAACACCACAUAUACGCAAAUAAAAACGUUUACAAUAAAAGCCAACAAAUAAAUAUCUACCGUUUGUACUAAAAAUCUAUCAAAUAAAAAACGAAAGGUGUAGUUUGCUUCUAAGAGAAUAUCGUUAUCAUUUGAUUCUCACGAAAUUAAUCAUUCGCCAAAGUGACACAACUAAACGCACAUCUCAGUCUCAUCCACAUCUCGCUCACUCGUACUAAUUCGUUAAAGAUGCAUAUUCUGUUACAGUUCACUUCUUCUAUUGAGAUCAUUCUCGUUUUUUAUUUUUGUUGGUGUGUGUUUACUUCUUUUGUUCAGCUAAAAACCGUUCGUAUACUAAUCACGCCAAAGGACUAAGACUAAGCUCACGUUACUGAAUUAACCAAUGCAUGUUGUCAUAUCGUAUCAAAUGCAAGUACUUUUCCGUAACAUUAUAAUCUUCUAAAGUAAUCAUUGAAAGG